UUUGAAGUAAAAUGACGAAUUAUUUAUAUAUUUUAUAAAAUAUAUCUUACAAAGUAUUCAAACAUUCACAACAUUCGCUCAGGGCAACGCCCGAGUAAACAAACUAGUAUUAAAGUAAUGGAUUCCACUUACGUAAUGCACAUUACAUUACGGUUUAAAAUAUAAUGACAUACCAUACAUUCUAUUUGAAUCAACACGUAAUGUUCGUUACAUUACAUGAUUGAUUACAUCAUACCAAACAUAGCCUUAUUAUUUGUAUUUCAUCAUCAUCGUUGUCGUCGUCAUCAUCGUCGUCGUCGUCGUCAUCAUCAUCAUCUAAGUUUGAUUUGAUCGGACCCAAUGUGAUCUAAUUUCAUGUGGACUAAUUUCAUGUUUUUAAGUUCAUGUGGAUUAGUGAAAUUAAAAACAUUUUGCCUAUACUCCUUUAAAAGCAAAAAGUUCUUGGUGCCAUUUACGAAUUAAAACAAGAAUCAGUACAAAUUAAAAAAGAGAGAGAAUCUUGCUUGUCCAUCUCUUUCAGCUGUUUAAGUUCGCAGAGGCAUUGAUUCAAUGAUUCUCCCGUGGACCGAAAUAGCGGCACAUCUAGCUGAUACGGUGCAGGCGUAUUGAUUCAAUUUCUGUCGAAUGAUGAAUCAUAUUAUUCCUAGUUAUUCUUUCGCCUUAUUCGGGAUUAGUUGUUGGGAGGGAAAUUGUUGAAAGAAAAUCACUUGCAUUUUUUGAAAAGUUCUAGUUAUAGGAAUAUAAUUGACCAAAUUAAAGAUUUUUUCUGAUUAUAUGAUACAUUUGUUAUUUUCAAUUCUGCUUUUCUAUUAAAAUUUUCGGUGAUUAUGUGAAACCAAGAUUCGAUUUGAGUGUUGAACAUUUAAACCUAUGUGUAAUUUGAUAUGAUGAAACUACCACAUAACUAAAUUAGGUGUGUAAUAUACAAAAUAAUAAAUUUUGGGAAAUAAUGACUUACCCUCUUGGGUGAUUUAGCAUAAUAUUUAUAAUAAAAUAGAGUUAUGGAAAUUACAAGGUAAUCCCUAAAUAUUACAUUAUUAUGUAAUAAAAGAAUGUUUUUAUUCGGAUUGAAAAUUUCUACUCGAAUCUGGUCUGGUAUUUAUUAUUUUAUAAUUGUUAAAGUCUAAUAUGAUCUGAUCUAGUUUCACACUAAAAUAAGUCCAAUUAAAAAACAUACUCGUAUUAACUUUGUCACUUUUUUUAUUAUUAAAGAAUUUGUGGUAACCCUUAAUUGAUUAAUUCUAUACUUCUCUCUUCUAUAGAAAACUCACCUACUUUUCAUAUACCAAUCAAACUCCGUCAAGUUUUAAAGGGACAAGGAAGUGAUAGAUACCGGAAACCUUCCUAGAAUAUGACAAGAUAAUUUUUAUCUUCCGACUUCGGACUGUCCUAGCAACCAUGUUUUUUGAAGUAUGUUUAUGGUUAAUGUUGUACAAUUGUAGUGCAAAUUGUGCAAUGCACCAUGCCAUAAUGCCUUAAUGCCAUAUUACCAUUUUUGUAGUUGGAUACUUUUGUUGGAACCUUAUACUUUAUCAGAUCGUUUCCAAGUUUAAAUUCUUGGAUUGUACCAAUUUUUUGAGUUAAUGAUACCUUUAUUGCUUUGUUUGCAAAAAGAAAAAUCCGUGUUGCUUGGUUUGCAGAAAAAAUGCCUGUCCCUUUUGUAAUCUGAUUUUUUUUUUAUCGUUGUCAUCUGAAAUUUUAAAUUAACCCAAACCCCGAUCCAUCCCGACUGAAAUUUGGUAAAAUUGAAUCAGGUAACAUACAAAUCAUCCUACAUUUUAGCAGUAACACAUUGGAAAACAAAAAUUGCUAUGGGAAUAAUGAAAAAAGAAACAGUAAUAAUACAAAUAAUACAAAUAAUUAUAGUUAGCACACACACGUUAUACAGUGUAUAGAUGGAAAGCAGUGUAGCGCAAUUUAAGCAUAAUUAAUUAAAAAACUCUAUAAUACUAGGUAGGUUAUAGUGCAUUGACUAGUUUUUUCGUGUUGUUCGUCAUCAUCGUAUAUUAAUUAAUUAAUUGAUCAGAAAUUCUUGAGCAAUUGCCGGACCUGUUCCAGUGUGACAAAGAGCACCACAGUGAAUGGUCCUUGCCUUGAAAUGGUGGGAAUGAAUCCCUUGUACAGAGCCAUGGGUCCCUCUGCUUUGAUGGUUUUCACCGCACAGUCAAGUGCGCCGGCGUACGGCGGCGCCUUCCCCGCCUCCACCUUCAUGUUCAUCAUCCGCGUCUUCAGCACGUCCACCGGGUUCGACGCCACCGCCGCCACGAACCCGGCGGCGAAGCUCGCCGUGACGUGCGUUCCCAGCCCGUCUUUCAAGAUUCCCUUUUCCACGAUUGUCUCCUUGAUCUGGUCGUACGAGGCGAGCUGCGACGCCGUCACGAGCAUGGCUCGGUUCACCGUAAGGGAUGAGCCGCGCCACAGGCUAGUGACCCCCUCGUUCUUGGCCAUCUGUGAAAUGGCGUCCACGACGCUCUUAUAGUUCCGUCUCUGAGCGGCCGGGAGACGGCCGUCGGCUUGCAUUCGCACCAUCGCCACGUCCGCCGGAUUCCCGACGGCAGCUCCGACCCCACCGGCAAUCAGCCCCGCCCCGAUCUUCUUCAACAGAGGAAUGUUGUUCGUGUUGGGAUCGCUCCACUUUUUCUUCAACAUGUCGUAAAGCCCCAUCCGGGUUGUCGAAUAGAGCGUCUGCCGGAGAACGGUGGCGGAAACGCCAGAAAACAGAGCGGCGACGCCUUCCUGUUGAACAAUACGCACACCCACCGCAACGGGUCCGACCCGCGGCGGCGGCGGCGGCGAUGGUAAAUGAAUAUGACCCGAAUGGGAGGCGGUGGAGGGAAAAGCCAGCGCCGGACGGAGGUUCUGGACAAACGGUGCGGGUUCACCCUGGAGCUGCAUUCGCACCUUGAUGAGAUCCAUGGGGUGGGUCGAGCACCCGGCCACAAUUGAUGCAAUUCCUCCCUCAACGAAUCCUUUGAUACCCAUAUCGGAAAAUCAAGAACGGAAAUCGAGAUCUGGAAAAUUAAUCAAAUUUCUGGGAGGAAACAAGAAAAGAAAAGGAAAAAAACAGAGCAGAGAAUUGAUUCAAUGGAUCAAGAAGACCAAUUGGAAGCUGAGCUCAUCUCACUGGAAACCAGGAGAUGAGAAUGGAGGCCGAAGGCUAUGGAUGCGAAGUGAGGAACGUUGGCUCUCUGAGACAUAUGCUACGGAGAGGAAAAGGGUUGCGGUUGGAGGAGAAAUAAAGAAACGUAUUUAUAGUGUGGAAACGGAAUUAGGAAAAAAUAAAAGAAGAAAUUUCCAAUCUGUGUUUAGGGUUGAUCACGCGGAGACGAAAGAGAAGAGAACCCAAACGACUUAAACUUCGAAGGCAUUGGUCCUUUUUUUAUUUUUUUCUCUACGCUUUACGCGGUUACGGGCCCUACUUUGCAAAUUUGAACACCUCAAAUGCUUAUUUCUCAAUAAGGAAUCUGAAACUUUCCACCACGACUUGUAAAGAUGGAAAUUCUUCCCUUUUUGUGUUUGGCUAGCACAAAAUACCAAAC